UGGAACCAAAAGUAAAAACAUUUUGGAUGUCAGUAAACAAUAAGCAUUUUAGAAAACUUUAAGAGAGUACUUACUUUAUUUUUAACAAGUAGAAAAUGAACGCACCACCCACAUUUGAAUCAUUUCUGUUAUAUGAUGGGGAAAAGAAGGUUCAAAAGGAGGAAGAUACGAAAGUCACAAAUGCUGCAAUAUUUACCGUGAAUAAAGAAGAUCAUACUCUUGGAAAUAUGAUUAGACAUCAAUUACUUAAAGACCCGAAAGUUCUAUUUGCUGGUUAUAAAGUUCCCCAUCCUUUGGAGCAUAAGUUUGUGCUCAGAAUUCAAACAACCUCGGACUACACUCCACAAGAAGCAUUCAUGAAUGCUAUCACUGACUUGACUUCCGAACUGUCUCUGUUUGAAGAAAGGUUUAAGGAAGCGAUCAAGGAGAAAAAGGAUGGAUUAGAUUAGAUUUAAAAUUAAAUAAUAAAUAAUAUUUAAGUACACAAUAAACGUUAAGAAUAU